CGGCCGUUUGCCUUAAUUGGCAAGGGUUUUAGCCGACGUAAUCCCAAGAAUUUCGCGGCUUUUUUUCUGUAGAUUCCAUCGGCUCAUCUUCGUUCGUCCGUCCGAUCAUUGCUCAUGCGAUCGCGAUUACAGGGCGACAUCGAAUCGGAGAAGGCGAUGCGAUCCGACUGAUCGGAGAGUGACGACGGCAAACUUGAAAGGCGAAAGGGCUUUUUGUGAUGUGAAAUGGAGGCACCUCCCGAGAACGACUUCUGCUCCGUCUGCCAUGGAGUCUUCCGCGUUCCUUGUCAGGCCAAUUGCUCCCACUGGUUUUGCGGAGAUUGCAUCAUGCUCGUGUGGCACCAUGGUUCGGCACUUCAGCCCUGCAAGUGCCCCUUGUGUCGCCGCAACAUUACUCUGUUGGUUCCUGCCGAGUCUUCGUUGCAGCUGCGUCAAGACCCCAGUGCUUCUGAAAUUCUGCGCAAGGUCGAAACAUACAAUCGUUCUUUCGGCGGAAGGAGCGAUGGUCUGAUCCAGAGGAUGCAAGACCUUCCUUUCUUCUUGAGAAGGCUGGCACGGGAACUGAAGGAACCUGAAAGAUCUCUUCCUUUCAUAAUCAGGGCACGUGUAUAUAUUUCAAUGGUUCUAAGUGCAAUCUACGUACUCAGCCCUGUGGACUUCAUUCCAGAAGCAAUAAAUCCCAUUAUUGGCUACUUGGAUGAUCUGAUUAUAGUCCUCAUUUGCUUCCUCCAUGUGUCUGCUCUAUAUCGUUCUGUACUCUAUUCCCGUCAUGGAGGUUCUUAGAAAGUCCAAUGCAUCUGUGGAAAUUUGAACCAGCUAGUAAAGAAAGAAGGUUAGAGAUUCUCAAAGGAAUUGCAGAAAACCUCAUGGACUUCUCAAGCGGGUCAAGGUGCAGAGCCACACAGUCCUCUUUGGCCAUUUAAGUACCACUCUCGUCCUGGGCCUUACAUGAUACUCCUAUACAAGGAUGAUUGUGGAUAGAUUCCCCUUUCUACGGUGUGUUACUGUUGCACACAAAAUCAUUUGUCAUAUAUUCUUUCCAUUGGCAACUCUAGCUUUGUUGUAUCUAGUGAUUUUCAACUAAUGACGAACUGGCCUUAGUUGAAGAGAACCCAUGGGCCAGAGGAAUGUCUUGUUGUUUUGAUAUAGUAAACUCCAUUGCACCUUAGUAUAGAUAGUCAUAUUAGAAUCUAGGGUAUGAAUCUGAAGUUCCCGUC